AUGAAGGAGAUCUAUCUUGAAGAUUUGGAUCAUAUACAACAUGAGGGAGUAAAGCAUCGUCCUUGGCUUAAAAUUAUUCAGGGAUCUCAGGAGUCAUAUGGAGACUUUUUGGCUCGCCCUCAAAAGGCUAUGGAAAGUUCUGUUCCUGGGGUUGCUGCUCAAGAAGUAAUUGUAAAAGUUAUGUCUUAUGAAAAUGCAAAUGAGGAUUGUCAAAGAGCUAUUUUACCUAUAAAAGAGACAGGAGACAUUAUGGGAUAUGCCCAAGCCUGUCGUAAUGUUCACUCUGAACAUAGAAAGAUGCAGCUUUUUGCUCAAACUUUGGCAGCUUCUAUAAAUCCUCAAAAGGGGACAAUGAAAUCAGAACUAAAAUGUUUUGGUUUUGGUACUGAAGGACAUGUUAAAAAGCAGUGCCUUAAGGUACCGUCCCGACCACCAGGUAACUUCAUCAUCAUCAUCAUCACAACGCUGGACCCAAAGCUCCAGUCUCCAAUGUAUUACUUCCUGAAGCACCUUUCCCUUCUCGACCUCUCCUCCCUCUCUGUCACUGUCCCCCAGUCUAUUCACAAUUCCCUGACUGGCAGUGGAUACAUCUCCUAUGUGCAGUGUGUGCUGCAGGUUUUCUUCUUCAUAUCCUCAGGCUGGGCUGAGUUCACUAUUCUCACAGUGAUGUCCUAUGACCGCUAUGUGGCCAUCUGCCUCCCACUGCACUAUGAGGUCAUCAUGAAUCCCAGAAAGUGCAGGUGGGCUGUGACAAUUGUGUGGAUAAGUGGAGGAAUCCCAGGAAUCUUGUACACAGCAACCACAUUCUCUAUUAGAUUCUGCAGGGCCAAAAUAAUCCACCAGUUCUUCUGUGAUGUCCAGCAGUUGCUCAAGCUCUCCUGUUCAAAUGAUUACCUUGGAGCUGUUGGAGCAAUUGUUUUCGUGGAUGUGGUGGUAACUGCCUGUUUCGCAGCCAUUUGCCUUUCCUAUGUCCGGAUAUUCUCCACAGUCCUCAGGAUGCCCUCUACAGAAGGUCGGUCUAAGGUCUUUUCCACCCGCCUGCCCCACCUCUGUGUAGUCUCAUUUUAUGUCUCCACUGGUAUUUUUGCAUAUCUCAAGCCAACUUCAGACUCUCCAACUGCUUUAGACCUCAUAAUCUCUAUGUUUUACACAGUACUACCCCCAACACUCAACCCUGUAAUCUACAGUCUAAGAAAUGAGGCCAUGAAAACAGCAGCAAGAAAGUUACUGUUAAGUGACAGACUCCUAGGAGGAAUAUAA